CUGCCAACUGCAGUUAUUUUCCCCUCAUGACUGCAUUUCCCAUGGCGCCCGCUACUGCUGAUAAGUAGGGGGACAUAUUAGCUAACGUAUUUUAGUUGUUUAAAGUACACAUUUUACACCUGAUUUUAAUUCAUUUAUUUUUUAAUAAUCGCAACCGGCCAUGACCGUGGAGCAGAAUGUCCUCCAGCAGCAUUCGCAGAAGACUCUACUGAACCAGCUGAGGGAAGUGACCGGAACUACAGACUCCCAGCUCUUGCAGCAGGCUCUGCAGGCCAGCAAUGGUGACCUGGCGGAGGCCGUGGCCUUUCUGACGGAGAAGAACACCAAGACCCCUCACCUGAACGCCCCUCACCUGAACGAGACCGCCUACUACCAGACCGCUCAGAUCCCCACCGACCGCUACAUCAGCGUGGGGAGCCAGGCCGACACCAACGUGAUCGAUCUGACUGGAGAGGACAAGGAUGACCUUCAGAGGGCCAUCGCUCUGAGUCUGGAGGAGUCCAACAGGGCCUUCAGGGAGACUGGCAUCACAGAUGAGGAACAGGCCAUCAGCAGGAUACUAGAGGCUAGCAUAGCGGAGAACAAGGCCACUCUGAAGAGGUCGCAUGCAGAAGUAUGGAGGGACUCUCCAAACCCCUACGACAGGAAGAGACAGGACGCCUGUCCUGUGGGCCUGAAGAACGUGGGCAACACCUGCUGGUUCAGUGCAGUAAUACAGUCCCUGUUCAACCUGCUGGAGUUCCAGAGGCUGGUCCUACACUACUCCCCACCAGCACAUGCUCAGGAGCAGCCACACAAUCAGAAGGAGCGCAGGAACCUGCCCUUCAUGCAGGAGCUGCGGAACCUCUUCUCGCUCAUGGUGGGUUCCAACAGGAAGUAUGUGGACCCCUCUAGAGCCGUGGAGAUCCUGCAGGAGGCGUUUCAGUCCUCCGAGUCCCAGCAGCAGGAUGUGUGUGAGUUCACACACAAGCUGUUGGACUGGUUGGAAGACGCAUUUCAGGUGAAGGCUGAAGAAACGAGAGAAGCCAAAGGGCCCAAGAACCCAAUGGUGGAGCUCUUUUACGGCCGCUUUGUGGCUGUGGGAGUUUUGGAAGGUAAGAAGUUUGAGAACACGGAGAUGUUCGGCCAGUACCCGCUGCAGGUCAACGGCUUCAAGGACCUGCACGAGUGCCUGGAGGCCGCCAUGGUGGAGGGAGAGAUCGAGUCGCUGCACUCCGCAGAGAACACCGCCCGCUCUGGACAAGAGCACUGGUUCACAGAGCUGCCUCCGGUCCUCACUUUCGAGCUGUCCAGGUUUGAGUUCAACCAGGCCCUCGGACGGCCGGAGAAGAUCCACAACAAGCUGGAAUUCCCCCCCAUGCUCUACAUGGACCGGUACAUGGACAAGAACAGGGACGUGACGCGGAUCAAGCGCGACGAGAUCCGCCGCCUGAAGGAGCACCUGACGGUCCUGCAGCAGAGGCUGGAGAGGUAUGUGAGCUACGGGUCGGGCCCCAAGAGGUUUCCUCUGGCGGAUGUGCUGCAGUAUGCGCUGGAGUUUGCGUCCAGUAAGCCCGUCUGCACCUCCCCUGUGGACGACAUCGACUCCAGCGCCCCCUCUGGUGGAGCAACAGCAAAACAGCCACCCGCACACGCAAGCCCAGCGGAGCAAUGUGCCUCCGGCUCCGUAGAGGGCGCUGUGUCCUCUGUGCAGCAGAAGACGCCCCCCUUUAAGCCCUUCACGCAGUCCUGCCUGCCCCCCAACCUGCCCAUGCACCCCGCGCCCCGAAACAUCACCGCCGACGAGCUCCGCACCCUCGAGGGGUGUCUGCACCGCUGGAGGAGUGAGGUCGAGACGGACACGCGAGAUCUCCAGAGCAGCAUCUCACGCAUCCACAGGACCAUCGAGCUCAUGUACUCAGACAAAAGCAUGAUGCAGGUGCCGUACCGGCUGCAUGCGGUGCUGGUGCACGAGGGUCAGGCCAUAGCGGGUCACUACUGGGCCUACAUCUUCGACCCGCGGCACAACGGCUGGAUGAAGUACAACGACAUCUCCGUCACCAAGUCCUCCUGGGAGGAGCUCAUGAGGGACUCUUUCGGCGGCUACCGCAAUGCCAGCGCAUACUGCCUCAUGUACAUCAACGACAGGAAGCGCUUCCUUAUAGAGGAGGAGUUUGAUGUGGAGACGGGGCUGGUGGUGACGGGGUUGGCCAAGCUGCCUGUGGAUCUGCAGGAGUACGUGAAGGAGGACAACCUGCAGUUUGAGCGCGAGCUGAAGGUGUGGGACAUGCUGCAGGCCCGCAAGGCCCAGCAGGAGCAGCAGGCCCUGGCCUCCGCCCCCCCCACCACCACCACCACCAGCACCACCGCGGCACCACCCGCCGCCACCACCACUGGAGCAGCAGGGGGCGACGCCACAGAGACGCUACAGGCCGACAGCACAGCACUGCCGGACCCUGAGUAUAUGGAGCAGCAGUCUCCCACUGACGACUCUCGGCACAUGAGGGAGGAGACCGAGAGGGCCAUCGCCACGGCGAUCGCAGAACACAGUGCCCAGGGCCCCGAGGUCCUACUCAAUGCGGCUAUGCUGACCGCGAGCUUGCAGGGUGUUAUUAUGGCCGUUGGCAAAACCAGGAAAAUAUUUGACAAGUACGGCCCAGAGAUGGCAUUCUUUAAGGCCAUCGAGGUGGAGUACACACGCCUGCUACGCCUGGCCCAGGAGGACACGCCCCCAGAGCGAGACCACCGGCUGCAGCACGUCAUCGUCUACUUCAUCCAGAACGAGGCUCCGCAGAAGAUCCUGGAGAGGACGCUGCUGGCGCAGUUUGCAGACCGCAAUCUGGGCUUCGAUGAGCGAUGUAAGAGCAUCAUGAUGGUGGCUUGUGCGAAGCUAAACCUGAUCACGCCACAGGAGGUCAACAUGCACGAAUAUGAGAUGUGGCACCGCGAAUAUCAGAAGUUUCGGGAGACGACAAUAUAUCUGAUGAUUGGCUUGGAACUCUUCAAGAAGGAAAGCUAUGUGGAGGCCCUAGUAUAUCUCAUCUACGCGUUCCAGUUCAACAAGGAGCUUCUGUCCAAAGGGCAGUACCGGGGUCACGAUGAGAAGGUCAUCGCUCAUUACCGCAGAGAGUGUCUGCUGAAACUGAAUGAGCACGCGGCGCGGCUGUUUGAGAGUGGCGAGGAGGCGGAGGUGGUGUCGGGGCUGAGCAUCAUGAACGAGCUGGUGGUGCCCUGCAUCCCUCUCCUGCUGCUGGACGACAUGGAGGAGAAGGACGUCAUCGCCGUAGAGGACGUCCGCAACCGCUGGUGCUCCUACCUGGGCCAGGAGAUGGAGGGCCACCUGCAGGAGAAGCUGACGGACUUCCUGCCGCGGCUGCUGGACUGCUCCACGGAGAUCAAGGGCUUCCUGGGCCCGCCCGUGGUGGGCUGCUACGCCACGCUGGAGCUGUGCGAGCGCUUCGGACGCGUCAUGGCCGCGCUCAGCCGCAUCCCCGCCGACGGCAGAUGAACUCUUCGCCCAACGCACGCGCGCACACACACACACACACACACACACACACACACACACACACAGAACACACAGGCCUUGGCUUUGGCCACAUUAUAUGGCCUCCCUGAGAUACAUCCUUGCAGAUGGACCUUCCCAACCCCAGCACCCUGACUCACACACACACACACACACACACACACUCACUCACUCACACACUCUCUCACAUACACACACACACACACACUCUCACACACACACACUCACACCCUCGGACCCAGGCCUUCCUUAAAGCAGGGGUUUCUCUUGCUGUUACUCCUUUGUUUUUUCUUUUGCUGCUAUAGUUUUAAUCAUCUUUAUUAUUACUGUUGUUGUUAUUACUAUUAUUAUUAUUAUUAUUAUUAUUAUUAGUGGGAUUAUGUUUCACAGCAAUGCCACAGAGAGUGUGUGGUGAGCACAGAGAGUAAAUAUGAGAGAUGCUUGGCUACCCUGCCAUGUUAGACAAGGAUUUGGGUUUGUGUGUGUGUGUGUGUGUGUGUGUGUGUGUGUCUACGUGUCUGUGGGGCGGAAGUGUGUAGGUGUGUGUUGCAGAAAGUACAUGAUUGUGGUGUGUGUGAGAGAGAGUGUGUGUAUGCAGGUAUGUGUAGGUAUGUGUUACUGAAAGCACAUAGCUGUGGUGUGUGUGAGAGAGAGGGAAUACGAGAGAGUGUGUGUGAGUGUGUAGGUAUGUGUUACUGAAAGCACAUAGCUGUGGUGUGUGUGAGAGAGAGGGAAUACGAGAGAGUGUGUGUGUGAGUGUGUAGGUAUGUGUUACUGAAAGCACAUAGCUGUGGUGUGUGUGAGAGAGAGGGAAUACGAGAGAGUGUGUGUGAGUGUGUAGGUAUGUGUUACUGAAAGCACAUAGCUGUGGUGUGUGUGAGAGAGAGGGAAUACGAGAGAGUGUGUGUGUGAGUGUGUAGGUAUGUGUUACUGAAAGCACAUAGCUGUGGUGUGUGUGAGAGAGAGGGAAUACGAGAGAGUGUGUGUGUGAGUGUAUAGGUAUGUGUUACUGAAAGCACAUAGCUGUGGUGUGUGUGAGAGAGAGGGAAUACGAGAGAGUGUGUGUGAGUGUGUGUAGAUAUGCGUCAUAGAAAGUACAUGAUUGAGGUGUGUGUAAGAGGGAGAGAGAAAUAAAAGUGUGUGUGCAGCUGUGUGUUACAGAAAGCACAUGGUUAUGAGAGAGGGAGAGAAAGUGUGUAUGUGUGCAGGUAUGUGUUACAGAAAGCACAUGCUUGUGGUGUGUGUGUCUGUUUAACAGAGAAAGUAGAUGUGCGUGUGUGUAACAGAACAUAUGUGCUUGUGUGUGUGUGUGUGUGUGUGGGAGAGAAUAAGCUGCUGCUCUGCCACCUCCUCCUGCAGUAUUACCCCUGGUGUUGUUUUUGUUUUUGUUUUCUAAAGGAUGUGUUGAUAAACAGAGAAAUGUUGAUCCUGCUCCUUGGCACUAACUAUGCUGAGUGGGUCUGUAGACUUGAGGACUGCAACAGAAAAAAAAAGAGAUUUUUUAGACGCUCUGUGGCUUGUGAAUAAACUGAGAGAAUGAAAUUUAUUUAUGGUCCUUUUAGGCCACACACAUGUGUUCUGUAUCACAUGUCUAUUUUGAUUAAAUAAAUAUUCAUUGCAGCAA